AUGGUACCCAAAUCCUGGUACGUGGGUGGAGAAGGAGCCGCGAUACUUAGUUAUUACGGGUCGCUGAUCUUCAAUCUUGGAUCAUUUGUCCUCCCAGCCAUCUACAGCACGCUCAGGAAGCUAUGGGUGUCGAACAUCGACUCAUCGCAGGUUGUGACGACAGACAUCUACACCUACAUAAGCGUGAUUGUCAAAGUACUGAAUGAGAGCAUUCCUCGUUCUGCUUGGCUUGUAAUCGGAGACAAUACGACAAGAACGCUGAAGCCGCUCAGUCGUUCUCGACCAGAGCGGUUGGACAAUCCGGACGUGCCCUUGAUAAUCCGUUCCAGCAAAUUUAUCGUCGAUAUCGUUUUGGAUUUCCUCAUCAUCUCAAAAUUCCAUGUUGGCAGAUCGAAGCCGACCGUCGUGACCCAGGCACUUAUUCGGCAUGUUUGCGACAGCGCACCUGCUCUCGUGGGGCUGCUCUACUUUGUGUUCGUGGUGGUGAAACGGAGAGAACGGGAAUUCAGGGAUGACAGACGGCUCCAGAUGAGCUUUUCGGCGUUGAAGACUUUGCUGGGGCAGGACUAUGCCACUGCAUGGGAUGUUUCUAACACCGUCCGAUGGGGACUAGCCAUGGUCCCUGUUGAGGAAUCGUCCGUGCGGCUUUGA